UUUACGUGUAUUUUCCAAAUGUGGAUUUCGUUUUGUCAAAUAAUAAAAGUUGUAUUGUCCAUAAAAGUGUUAACGCUGUGAAAUAUUUAUUGUUAUUGUCUAUUCAUGUCAACGUUUCACAAAAGGCACUACUCCGCACCUAUGACACAUAUUCUUUGUGUUUUGGUAUACUGAGAUCGUCCCGCGGUGCGUCUAUUUGCUAGCACAGUUUAGGCAUCAUGGAAGCGGGUCCGCGAUCUCGCGUUCUUCGCCGUUUGUAGACUUCAUCAUUCCAAACGAACGAACCUAAUGUCAGCUAGCUGUGUACAAUUUUAAACCAAGACUAAAGUGAUUGUAGUCCAUCAGGUUGUAUAUAAGUGUUUAUAACAACUUCUGGGGUCAUUCUGGUGACUUUUAAAUUAUUUUAAGACAAUUAGAUGCAGCAGUAACUAUUUAACUGCCUGGACAACAGUCGUUUCUUAGCUAGCCUAUCGGUAUUUGGUCUAACUCAUUUGCUUGGCUAGCUUGCUAGCUUGGCAUUUGCUGUAAUUACUAGGUAUUUAAAAAGUUCUUUAUAAAUGAGCUACCCAGCUGGUCAAGCAAUAUUACAGGCUCGUCUCAAAUGUAACUCAAAUCCAUAGACGACAUGACUUGAAUGAAAUGAGAUGGAUAGAGGAACACUCAAUCCAAAUGGAAGCCAUGGUAACUCAUCAUCGCAGAGCAUUGACUUGCCCACCGUUACCCAAUUUGAUCACUGGCACAGCACUCCUGUCAAAACGAGUGAGAUACAGGACAUGACAAGAAGGUUGACCAGAAGUUCCCCAGCCCCGUCGUCAAGAACACGUCACCUCAUCCCACAAAACAACCAGACCUUGAGUGAGAUGGAGAGUGCCACCAUCCUGAAGCAGCGCAGAGAGCUUCAGCUUCUCAUAGCAGAGCUUAAAGACCGCGACCAGGAGCUCAACACCAUGGCUGCUGCCCACCGCAAGCAGCUUCUGUCCUGGGAACAGGACCGCCACAGAGUCCUCACCCUGGAGCAGAGGAACGCUCGGCUGGAGGAUGAGCUGCAGAAGCGUAACGAGGUGAUCAGGGCCGUGACUAAGCAUGCUCACGUCGUGGAGGCGAGGGAGAAGGAGGGCCGCCGGGAGCUGAACUCCACCCAGCAACAGCUGCACGAGAUGGGGAAGAAACAGCAGCAAUCCAGCCAACAGUAUCACCACCUGGAGGAGAGGAUCAAGAGCUUGAACUCCACUGUGAUGUCGCUGUCUGCACAGGUGGGCGCUCUGCAGGUGAGGGAGGAGGAGCUCAGCGCCAUGCUCAGGCUCAAGGAUAAGGACGUGACAGAAGCCACCAAUCACAUCGUGGAUCUGUCGGGGCGUCGGAAGGAUCUGGAAACGUCUCUGAAGGAGAGCGGCUUCAGAGAGAGCCGUCUGCUGAGGGAGGCGGAGGAGAACAAGAGACGCUACAGGGAGGCCAGGCACGCCAGCACACGCCUCAAAGAGGAGCUUCAGGAGCAGGUGAGGGAGGGCAGUGCCCAGAGAGAGGAACUCAUCCGCCUGAAACAGGAGGGCCAGCUCCUACGCAGGGAACUGACCUUGUCAGGUGAGGGAGAGGACUGGAAGGAUGAGCUGCUGGGAUUGGCUCGCUCCAAACAGGAGCGCACUGAUUCAGAGCUCCACUGCCUGCGUCAGUUGUGUGAGAAUCAACAGAAUGACCUGCAGCUUCUGCAGCUGAACCUAGAGAGCGCGCGUCAGGCCUUGAAACAACAUGAUGGAAGCGGUAGGGCAGUGUUGGAGACUGAGGCCAGUCAGGGGACAGAGAGAGGAUUGACCGUACUCAGACAAACCUUGAGCAGGAACACAGAUCACCAGCCACGCCACCAAACCCUCCCUCUCCCAGGAGCCAAAAGUCCAGAACCCCGCGACGAAACCCCUUCUGGGUCGACCUCUGACUUCACUGACGCCACCAUGGAUACUUGUGACCUCGCUACGAACCCAUCGACGCCGUGGGGGCACUCAGUAGGCCAAGCGAGCACUCUAAGCCACCCAACAGGAGGCAGCGUAGGUCACUACAGAUCCGGGUUCGACACCCGGUCCAGCUGUCGUCGUCUGGAAGACCAAGAGAAGGAAAGGAAAGAGGAAACUCGGAGCUCAGCAACUACAAGUGGCUCGCGGAGGAAACCUGCAGGCCAGGCCUUGAGAGAAUGCUUCUCCUCAGUAUCAGGAACUACAAGUAUGGCUUCUUCGAGACCAGUACAACUCCCUGACCCCGUGACCCCUAGCUGCAUAGCUGGAUCGUCCCCAUCUGCUAGGAGGUGUGCGCUAGGCCAUGUUAGCUUUAGCGACUGUGUGGAAGAUAUCCGAGUCACCGGGGACGAGGGCGGAAACGUAAGUCCACCGAGUCUCACUGGCAGACGAACGAGCGAUGGCGGCCGUAUCUCAAACGACAGCCGCCGUAGAACAGGGAUGAAGAACCAGGAGGGAAAAGCCCUGGCCUCGACCACAACCUCCCUGGCCUUGACCACAACCUCCCUGGCAGGGCGGACUGAGCCCCAGGGUCGGGCGGAGCCUAGCUGUGGAGGGGCUGGAGGCAGAAAAGAGGCAGACCCCACCGACAGUGGGGCAGAGGCUGCCUCGAAGGCGGAGGCAGAGAUGGAUCUCAUAGGUUUCUUUAACGGAGGAGAAGAUACAGAGGACUCCUCCUUCCACCUGCUGGACCUCGGUCCCCUGGUCUAGCAGGACUCCUGCCAGGGGGACCUCACCUGCAACUUCCUGGACGACCUCUCCCCCUCAUCGUGGACUAGGAGGAAUCUUGGUCCAGUGAUUGGCUCUCCAGCA